AUCAGUACGGGGCGCUCCGAUUGGCCCGGGGUCGCCGCGGCAGGCCGGGCUCCCUCCUCGCGCUCGGACGGGUAUUGUCUGACGGCUCCUGAGGCGGUUCGAGCGGCGGAGUCGGGGACCGGCGGCGGCACCAUGGCAGGUGGGAAGGCCGGGAAGGACAGCGGGAAGGCCAAGGCGAAGGCGGUGUCUCGCUCGCAGAGAGCCGGAUUGCAGUUCCCCGUGGGCCGCAUCCAUCGGCACCUGAAGACUCGCACCACCAGCCACGGCCGGGUCGGCGCCACCGCCGCCGUGUACAGCGCCGCCAUCCUCGAGUACCUCACGGCUGAGGUCCUGGAGCUGGCAGGCAACGCCUCCAAGGACCUCAAAGUGAAGCGCAUCACCCCCCGCCAUUUGCAGCUGGCGAUCCGUGGGGACGAAGAGUUGGAUUCCCUCAUCAAAGCCACCAUCGCGGGGGGAGGCGUCAUCCCACACAUCCACAAGUCGCUGAUCGGGAAGAAGGGGCAGCAGAAAACCGCGUAGGGACGGCGCUCCGACCCGGCGCCGCUGCGGCCCAGCGCUGCUGGGCUGGGGGGGGGAGAGGGGGGGAAAGGGGAAACGUUGCGAUGGGUUUUGUGUCCCCCCCCCGGGGCCGAGGUUUCAGCCGCGUGUUUUGUACCGAAAUGGAGCGGAUAAAACAUUUUUUACAAAG